AUGUCAGAUAAAACUCAGGAGGAGCCGGUGAAACGAAAAAAGUAUGCAUUUUAUCAGAAACGAACGUGUAAAUGGACAAUUUCUUUCCAGGCACAUGGAAUUCACGCCGCUGACACCGGAAACCACUUUCCAGUACGCCGACCUCAGUAUUAAACACACCGACCCUGAAAAGUAUGUUUUAGUGCAAAGAAUCAAGCCCGAAUCUCCAUUUUCAGCACACUGGCGAUGGUGAAAAGAGCAAUUCGAAUGGGUUACGACACAGUAGGAAUUAAUAUCGAUUUAGGAGACAUUUUUGAUUAUUAUACUGAGGUAAAUGAAAUAAUAGAGCUUGAUAUUUCAAAAACGCAUUCAGCUGGAUAUGUUAUGGACGCCAGGAAGUCAGACUGCUGACGGAGAGCCUCCGAAGAAGAAAAAGAAGAAGCAGCAGCAGAGGAAGGACGAACUGGCCGAUGGAAUUGCUGGAAUUCUGGUUAGUCACUCGACAAAAAAAAUUACAAUUUUCAACUUUUUCCAGAAAAAAAAACUAAUUCCACCCCCGCACUUCGUCGACGUCUCCCAACUGGACACAUCCGAGCUGGAGAAGCGCGGAAAGGUGUUCCGACAGUUCAGCCGAAUCACUUUCACUGCCAACGAACAGGUCGUCAUCAACAAAGUCUUCAUACAUCCAACUAUCCUAGUAAGAAUUAGAAAUUCCGGGCAAAAACUUACAUUUUAUGAAUUUUCAGUCCUAUGACAUUGUAGCCGUUCGGCCUGGAGACGCGUCGGUUCUCGAUACACUGACACGAAAAACCGAGCUUUUCGACAUCAUCACAAUCGAUCAUUUGGAAGAGAAUAAGGUAAAAACAGCAAUUUUCAUUAAGAGACGAACCUGAAUUUCAGGCAAAAUGGUUGUCCUUAUCGAAAGUGAUGGACAGAAUCCGAGGAGACGGAGUGUACUACGAGAUUGCCUACGCGGAGAGUCUGUUGCCGGUGACGCGAAGAAAUGUAGGCGUUCGUUCCGUUCAUUCACAGUUAAAUUCCUUUUUUCCAGACGCUGUUCCACGGCCGUCUGCUCAUCCGGUCCCUCAAGUCCAAGAACGUCAUCUUCUCGAGCGGCGCCGAAACGAUGCUGGACCUCCGCUCGCCCGUCGACGUCAUGAACAUGUCGCUGCUGUGGGGAGUGGCGAACAACGAGGCACGAAAGAUGAUAUCCGGAUUCCCGAAGAACCUUCUUCUGCAAGCAGAAUGCCGCGGAACCGGAAAUGGAGACGUGUCUUCGAUCAAACUGAGCGAGGCGGAAAAGUUGGCAGGAGAAACAGAGAAAGAGGGAAAAGAGGAGAAAGAGACGGCGCCGCCCAUCGAGGUGCGGAUGAAUCACUCACAGUAUCAGGCACUUCUGCAGGCCACCAAGAACGCCAACGAAAUGAUGAAGAAGAUCAAGGCGACGAAGGCUUGA